AUGGAGGUUGAAAUAAACGGUGCGACUUAUCCUUCGGGAUUCCUCCGAGUCAGAUUACUCUCUACACACUCAAUUCAGACACUUGCUCGUUCACUUGAGACUAGGAGGCUCGUUAGUGUUAGAGCUGUCUCGGUACCUAGGUAUCGCGGAGUGGGGAUUCAUUCGCUAGUCCAUAAAUACAUUUGCCGGUUUGAUCAAGCGGCGGAUAAAAUGGCGGCAACACCACGACUAAGCUCUACAACGGGCCGCCCAAUCAAUCAUGGGUUUGGCGUCCCAACAUACUAUAUCAACCACAUAGCUCCUCGGGUCCUCAGUCCACAAUACAUCACUUCCCUUAUAACUCAUCUCCUCUGUGUUGAAUCGUCCAAACCACCAAACCAACUCAAGAUCACCCUCGUUGUCUCUGCAUCCUCGCAAGUGGUCAAAUUCGUGUCUUCGUUUGGAAAGGUGCUGGGCCAUUCAGAUACGUUUACCUACCUCUCCUCCUCCCUGGGGUACGAACGUACACAAAUCUCACCCGCACAGGCCUCAAAAUCGCCCAAUCGUACAGUACUACGCCUCGUUGGAAGCACUGAAGCUGCGUACGCCAUCGGCGUCUUCUCUUUCUUCUCACACCACAAUCACCACUCCACUUCCUCAAAUGUAGCAAUCACAGGCUUGAUCUUCCCUACACCAGUCGCUGUGCUAUUUUCGAUAUUCAUUUUCUCAGGUCAAGCCUGCUUCCCUGAUGCUCUUGUCUCUGCUUGCUGCGGCUCUGGCUUCGGAUAUCAGUACAAGACUACGAAAGCGGGUGUACGGAUUCUUCUUGGAACUCGUCUUCCUAUCCUCGAUUCUGCGUCUCACAAUCUCGAUGCAGGUGAAGGAUUGCAGAGCUGUUCUGGAGGGGACGAUCGCUACUGCUGUAACAAGGAUUAUGACUGUUGCUCCAACUCAACCAACAUCUUCACACUUGAUGUUGCAAACAUCGUCACCACCAUUCCCUAUGGCAGUUCCCGCUCUACAUCUGCCCCUUCCACAGCCGCAACGCCAACCUCUACGGGAUCAGGAGGUAGCAGUAGCGCAGUGGCCAUUGGCGCUGGAGUCGGUGCUGGUGUCGUGGGAUUCCUUGUUAUUCUCCUGGCCAUAUUCCUCAUUUUAAGACGAAAGCGGAGCAAAAUGAAUGGCUCGGGGCAACUGGUAUCAUCCAAUAUCGAGGUAGAUGGUCGAUUACACCAAGCUACCAACUCAAAUGAACAGUUCGCGAUUCCGAACGAGCUUGAGCUUUCUGGAGAGAAGUGUGGACAUAUCCCAAAACAUCCGAUAGAAAUGUCAGAAAAACCGAUAUAUGAGAUAGGGAGACCGCGCUCUCCUUUGCCUAGAAUAUUAGGCCUAUCAUAUGAAGUAGAUGGGAAUUUGGGUCAUGCAACCUCCGCCCACGAUGCCCUCUGCCGUCGCAAGAUCAUGUCAAUGUUAAUUGCUACGGCAGACGAAAGACGGACAGAUCACAAAGACAAACAGAUCGCAACACAAGACCGACAUGCAAAGUACAACAUGUUAGCACCUCAUGGAGAGCAACACUCAGAUGAUGUACCGUUAUGUCCCAAUCAGAGGCAGCUAAUGUUCAAGAAAAGCAGAGUGAUCAGUAUCAGCUUACGUACUAGCUAUGGAGCUAAAGAGGCUUGGAAUAGGAUGCUGUGCUCCGCUAAUGUUUCCCAAGAUUGUAAGAUACGGGUGGAAUAA